AUGCAUACACCAAGAGUGCGACCUGGUCGUGCUCCCACCCCAGGACCCUCCAUCUUAUCACCCUCCGCGGGGACCUCCGCAACACAACAGCUAACCGCGAUAAAAUUUGACCAUCGUAACGAGCUCAGGGGAUUCCUCAACCACUCAACGCACAGAGUCAUGUACGAGCAAAAAAUAUACCCCACCGCACUGCAUCUCCUCGAAGCCCUAAAAUUCAAGCACCAACACCCAGAUCUCGCAGAGCGAAUACGAAAGUGUAAAGAUGUCAACGAAGUAUACACCCUGUCUGCUGGUAUGCAAGAACAUGUACGCUCGGACUGGGGGAAUGUAUUUCUGAAGGUGACGGAAGAAGUACUCUAUCAUAAAUUCAAGCAACAUCCAGAUCUGCGCAGUCUACUCCUAAAUACAGGUAUUGCAGAUCUUGUAUAUGCAGACGCCCACACAUAUUGGGGUGAGGGACCUCUGGGCGACGGUGCCAAUGAACUUGGAAAAGCCCUGGUACGCGUCAGGGAUAAACUACGCGCGGAGGGAUACGGUAUAUAG